CUUUCUGGUUUUCAGUUUCAAUUACCAGAGAUUAUAUCUUUAGCUGGAAUGAAAUGUAUGUGUUUCUGGGCAUAAUUGGCUUGAUUGCGUGGAGUCAAGAUUCAAGCAGUUUCUGGCUUUGCCCAACAUUUUAAUCUCUACUAAUCACGUAGUUUUCGGUGAUUUCUAUUUACUUCAGUAGUUCAAUCAUUCAAGAUUCGUACUAGUGUAUAUGCAAUUGUGUGUCUUUUUUUCUUGAAGAAUCAAUUGAGCACUGGCUGUUUUGACCCCUUCAAUAUCAAUGAUCUGAGAGUUGAUCUCGAGGUACUUUGUUCUUUAUUCAUUGGGUUUGAUAGUUGAUCUAAAAAUUCAAGGCUUUAAGUCAUAGUUUAGAAUUCAAUUGUGACAAUUCAUUUUGCAACUGUAUUUAGGAAAGCCCAAUUUAAAUUAUUUCGUCCCAUUGCUUUUAGUUCUGUAGUCCUUUGAAUAUAGACCACAAGCAGGGAUCUAGAAACGACUGGUGUUCAGAAGAAUAUAGGAUGAUUUUAGACCUUGCUUGCAAUGGCUUUUAAGAUUAGCAAAUUUUAUGGGCUUCUGAAAUUUUCUUUGUUUUUUUAAGCAUUAACUGUGAAUCUGUCUGCUAUAUGGAUUUCUAGUCUUGCUAGAUUGCAGAAUUCUGCAUUAAGUUGAGCAGCGUAGUAGUGUAUAACUUUUUGAGUCAGGAGGCUACCGUCCUUAACCAGAAGAUUUUGAAAUUUGUCAAGCAAGGAUGCAUAUGUUUUAUUUCAUGAUUGGAACAACUGUUCUGGAUGGUCUAGAUGGCCCUAAAUCAUUGCUGUCACAUCUCUUGAACUAUAUGAAGGCACAUGUCCCCUGAAUGUAGUCAGGUAAAUCAUAGAAAUGGCAAAAGGUAGCCGGGGACGACGCAGAAUUGCUUCCCGACUAUACAGAGCAACUCCAUACCCAUUGCAGAACAAUCAAGAUCUAUUGGAGGAUCUAUGCCCGAGGAAAUGCAGAGACUUGGAAAAAAAAGACUGGGAGGAUGCAACAUGUUCUGUGUGCAUGGAGUAUCCUCACAAUGCUGUCCUUCUCCUUUGUUCUUCUCAUGACAAAGGUUGCCGUCCCUACAUGUGUGGAACUAGUUUUCGGCAUUCCAACUGUCUUGGCCAGUACAAGAAAGCUUAUACUAAAAUGGGGUCGGCUGAUCAUGGACAACCAUUGCUUGGCUCCAACAACAAUCCAACUGUGGUACCAGAUGCUGGAUGGCCAGUACACAAGUGUGAAGUCACAGAGCUUGCAUGCCCCCUCUGUAGGGGCCAGGUGAAGGGCUGGACUGUUCUUGAACCAGCACGAGAUUAUCUAAAUACAAAAAGGAGAAGCUGCAUGCAAGAAAAUUGCUCAUUUGUCGGAAAUUACAAGGAGCUUAGGAGGCAUGUGAAGGAAGAACACCCCUCCGCGCGGCCACGAGAAGUGGAUCCAGACCUCGAACAGAAAUGGAGAAGUCUUGAGCAUGAGCGUGAGACGAACGAUCUGAUGAGCACAAUCCAGUCUACCAUGCCAGGGGCAAUGGUUUUUGGAGAUUAUGUAAUAGAAAGAAAUAAUUAUGGUUUGGAUACAGACGAAGAAGAUGGUGGCUUUGAUGCAGAUGCUCCCGAAAGAAAUGGGGGAUUCGGGCUGGGAUUCGAUGGCAAUCUGGUGAACGUCUUUUUCCUAUUACAUGCAUUUGGGCCACCAGGCACUGACCUGACAAGACGUCUACGGCAGCCAGAGAGGGCCUUCCACCACUCAGCGGAUGGCAGUGCUGCUGGCAUUAGGCACACAACUCCAAUUGGAGGUUUAGAUUCCUCUGAUCAAGAUGAAGAGAAUGGAAGUGAUGGUGACGACGAUGGUGGUGGUAUGUCGUUGGUGAGCCGCCUUCGGCGUCAUGGGAGGGUGUUGUUGGGACGUUCUGGGAGGAGAGGUGCGCGUAGAGAAGGAAAUAGUGAUGAAAGAUAAGUAGGAACACUUGUUUAGACACACAAAUUUUAGGAGUGAUUGCACAAAAACGAAUAAAAGGAAGUUAGUAUUUUAACUUUCUCGCAUUUGCAUUGGAUUUAUUUCUCAUUUGAAAGGCUUGGGGCCUUUUCCCUCUGUUGUGUAAUAUAUUUUCAACAUGUAAUUUUACCUUAUUCCUUCCUCAAUGUAUGAAUGUAAUUUUACCCUU